AUGGACUUUAUAUUUUUUGGCACUGCUUUGCAGAGAUCGAUUUAUCGGUGCGUAUCCGCUGCCCUGAAACUGCGCAAGGAGAAUAAAGGACAGGAAUGCGCCAGGCGGAGGGAGGAAAAGGGCUACAAACCUGCGCCAGAGCCCCCUGCGCCGACAAAACCAAAAACCACGUUCCCAACUGCAAGAGCGCCCACAGCUACAGUAAACACGAGGGCGCCCACCACCACAGCGUCCAAUGCAGGGGCGCCCCCAAAGACGGUUCCCGCUAAGGCUCCGCCCACCUGGACCACAGCGUCCAAUCCGGGGGCGCCCCCCAAGACGGUUCCCGCUAAGGCUCCGCCCACCUGGACCACAGCGUCCAAUCCGGGGGCGCCCCCCAAGACGGUUCCCGCUAAGGCUCCGCCCACCUGGACCACAGCGUCCAAUACGGGGGCGCCCCCAAAGACGGUUCCCGCUAAGGAUGCGCCCACCAUAAAGCUGCGCACCAGGCCGACGCCCGCUAAGCAGGCGUCCACUGCGAAGACGCCCACUAACCAGACGCCGGCCAGGACGGCGCCCCCCGCGAUGAAGCCCAAUUGGCCUCAACAGAGACAGGACUCGAAACCGCGCUUCCAACCACCGACCCAAUGGACGGCCCCUGGGAGCUUCGGCAACACGCCCACCGGACACACCGGGGCGACACGCCCUAUCCCGCCGCCGCCCAAACCUAGCCCGGCCGUCACCGUCACUAUAGAUCCCAAGGCUAGUGCUAGGACAGUCACUUUCGGCGGCAAUGCUGCACCCCGGGCCGGCGGCGGUUACCAAAAGUUCGGGCAAUCCUAUACUUUUAGUUAG